AUGGCUGGCAUUUAUACUGGCAUCCAUCUGAAACUGAAAAGCCCUAGUACACCUGGGCCAGACCAACUGAAACUUGCUCGAUUUGAAUGGAUUUCAACACAGUGCCUUCUUCCUAAUAAAGAGAUGGUUCUGUUUGACUGGACAAGUCAUGCCCUCACUUGUUUUUACAAUAAGAAAGUGGACGUACCCUCGGAGGUGGUGGAGGGUUUAUGGGCCUACCUUGAUGAUAUCCUUCACAGCAGGAAACUUCAGAAUGUGCUGAGUCAGAGAAAAACCAUCAGCCUUCGCCUCACACGAGCACAGAUUAUCAAUGACAGGAUUUCGAACUGUUCUUCAGGACUCGAAUCUGUCAGUUUCCACACAAUUCUUCUCCUCCUGCUCAGACACUUACUGAACGCUAGAGUAUGGACUGAGAAGGAUGACUUCAAGAUUCGUCAGCAUCUGAGCCAGUAAAUCCGGAGCAAAGUGGAAGCUUUUCUUCAGUCAGCAUUCUUCAUCCCUGAACAUCCCUCCCAGAGCUCUACUCACACUGAAUCACCAUAUCCUGGAGCCAUAUUUAGAUUAGCUCCUU